UUGUUUCAGUUUGAGUGUCUCUCCGACCAGCUGACGGAAGGUGGGGCGGCGGUCGGGGUUUCUUUCCCAACACCACCUCAUCAAACGAUCUAAAAUAAGUCAUGAAAGAAGAGGUGCAGAAAGAGAAGAUUGGUGAUACUGAUCAGGCAUUACCAACGGGCCAUCCGGAUCCAAAAAGCACAGACAACUUCUCCAAGACGGUCUCUAUCUUUAAGGAGUUCCUGAAGGUGUCUUCUCUCCUUGUGCCCAGCCCGUAUGUCACAGCAGCGCGUAUCAUCAUCGAGAGGACAUUAGACAUCGCCGAGCAUCCAGACAGGUACCCGAGUUUUGUCCAGCAGUCCCGCGAAGCUCUCAUCAACAGAAGUCAGAAUGUCAUCAACCUUGCCAACUUCGUCACCUACAGACAGAGUAGAAAGCGUUCCCAGAGACACCCUGGGCAUGCACAGCAGAUGGACUGGGAGGGGGUGAUAGAACUAGUUCACAAGCUGCUUCUCAAAGUCAGGAAGAUUACCGAGCUAUCUCAAGAAGUUGUCAUCGACCCUACGGACUUGAGAAAUCUUGAGGAUUCUGUCUCCGCAGUCCGGGACAUUCUUCCAACAUUGCAAGAACACUUGGAGGAGGUGGCGAGUCUUUCGGUGGAGAUUGAGACUGAAAAGGGAUACAAGAAGUUCCUGGCACAGACAGAGAAGUUGUCUUUGAAAGUCGACGAGUGUGGCAAGCGGUUGCAGGUAGCCAAAGACGCUGUGGAAAAUCUACGGGAAGGCGUGGCGAAGAGUCGGGAGGAAGUUGCGGAGACGCGUGUGAGCGUUGCGAGGUUCGCUGUGAUGAACGCGGCAGUCGGCGCUCUCACCGGAGUGUUGAGUUUCCUGGUGGAGGACUGGACCAGGUGGUUCUUACAGUUCUGCACUGGAGUCGCUGCAACCUGUGGUAUGAUGGCAGUAGCAGACUACCGGUCACAGCCCGACCUGACCAGGCUGGCCACUGCCGUGUCUCGGACCCACCGGAUGGUCGACUCUCUCAUCUCCCACCUGUCCGCGACCAGGGGCAGGAUCGAGUCCUCCAUGAAGAGCGCGGAGCAGCAGCUUCAGGAGAAGAUGGAGGAGGAGAGAAUGAAGGGAGGGUUCACGGAGACGUGGAUAUACGGACCAAUCAGAAGGCUUAGAGCAAAGCUUUGA